AUGUCUGCUGGAAACAUGAAUCCUUCCUCUCUACCCUCCGGGUUGCUUAUCACGGACUCCAUCGGUACGAUCGGACAGUCAGCAUUCACCACUUCGCACGCCUUCACAGGCGAAUUCCUAGGGCUCCCAAUCCCCGACGACGAGCAGCUCUGGGGUUUGAGUCCCAUCUCCCCAAUAAUGGGCACCGGCGGCUGGGAUGCUAAAGCGGAUGCAGCCGCCUUUGCCAGCUCUGCCUUGGAACGAGACUUGAAAAAUACGCAAGUCCGCAAUGGCCAACCCACCCCCCCACCCUACGAUGAUCACAGUCUCCGCGACUCAUCCAGCCUCGAAAUCGAGUCAGCCAGCAAACGCCGUGCUACACGGGAGUCCAAGACCGCCGCCGCCAGCCUAAGCCCGGACCUUGAUGAAAAUCCGCACCAGGAGCGCGCCAAACGGGCCAAGUUCCUCGAGCGCAACCGUCUCGCCGCCAAGCAGUCCGAGAAGAAAGAGCACCUGGUUGCGGAGAUCACUCGGUUGCGCUCCGAGAUCCUCAGUCUCAAGAACGAAGUCCUGAAGCACGCUCAGUGCGGCGACGAACCGAUCAAGCUACACCUCGCCCAGAUGGUCAAGAAGAUCACCGACAUCGAUGGCCCACCUCCACCCCCGACCAUGGCGGGUCCCCCGGCCGACCUGGUGGAGAAUGUCUCCACAUCGCCAUCUGAGAUCGCCUCGGCGGCCACCACGACCACCGCUCCUACUGUGCCGGCGCCGUUGUCCUUCGGCUUUGAUGACUCGCUGCAGCUAGAGCCCGCGGCCGCAGCGGCGGCGGCAGAGGCCUUUGAGCAGCAGUUGCGUCGGGACUCAGAAGCCACCUUGGUUUCCGAGUCGUCGUAUGCCUUCUCGGCAGAUAAUACUUUUGAUGACCUGAUCAAUGUGUGA